GGUACAUUACUGCCCGUGUAUGUAUACCUACAAGACACGUGGGCAAGGCACCGAAUUGGUGCUCAAGGAAAGCGCGGUCCCUUUUGCACCUUGGAUUGUCCCCUGCAUCUGUUAAAGUUUUGGCUACUAUCUUGAUUUUUUCUUUCUCUUUUUUUGACUUGAUGUCAGGCAAUACCCACGUUGUCGGGAACAAGGCAGACAAUUUUUCUCCCCGUUCUUUUUUUAUUUUUGGUUAGUACUGGGAAACAAGCCCACUUCAGCCUUUUAGAGUACACAUUCGACAUUCGGAGUAGGCUCGUAAAACUCGUUGGAGGCCUGCGAUAUUACCAAGAAAAAAACGCAGCAAUUUGACCUCCACCCAACCUGGUGCGCGCGCAACAGGCUUCGAUCCUAUCUUCUUCGUCCCUGUCAAAAUAACGAUACGGUACAAACCAGCCGGCCGGCACCAACAAGUGCCGCGUAUGUGCAGGCAGGCCCACCCUGAACAAUUGAUUCGGUGACGAUAACUGGCCCGGAAAAGGGACAAGACAAGUUCAAUUUCAAUUUGUCUACUUGAACAGGAGGGGCGGGCGGCUGUGCUUGAACAAAAACGCGCCAAUUCAAACGGGAGCAACAAUAAGCUUUCGAUUGCAACCUAAACCCUCGACGUCGUCGUCCGCGCGCAUCGAGCUAAUUUUGCACCGCCCGCAAGGUUUUGUGAGCAAAGGACAACGGGUAUCUAGGUAGCUACCUAGGUACCUUACCUGGCUGCCUUUGGUCAAUCUGCUCACUUCAGAGCACCCCGAUAAAUCUAAACCUUCUUGCCUACAUCACAUGGCCAGGCAUUCACAAUAGGCAUCAAGGAGGUACCCAUUCAUUGAUACGUAAGGUACAUACACCUUGGGUACCUUAUCUUGGGGUCCUUGAUUGCAUUUUGUACCCGGAAACUUGUACUGGACCAACCGGGAGAAAGUUCAUAAUCUCGACGGCAUAGCAAGCGUGCAGGAGCACGGGCGUCCCAUCACUCUUGGGGCCCUCGCCCAGCACGCUUGCGGUCAUCCAUUGAAAUAAACGAAGCGCGGUCAAUUUGCGGAAUUCCCCUGGGACGGUCCUCUCUCUUUCCCCGCAAGCCAUGAGCCGCAGCAGCAUUAGCCACAGCAGCCGUCGCGGCAGCACCACGGGCGGCGGCAGCAGUAGCGACACGGUCGGGUAUCUGCUGGCUGGUAUCGCAAUGGCACUAAAUGAUGGAUUACGGAUCAUGCAUUUUGCGGAUAAGCGUGGAUGGGGUCCCGACGAGUUUGAGCAGGUGCGUGCCCUCGAUGAGGCAUUGGACGAAGCCAAGGCAGACUUUCAGGCGAUGGGGCCGUUGGUCAACGGCCAGUUCUUUUACGAGAGUGACCGGACUCCCAAAUCACUUGAUGAGUUACGCACAUUACGAGCCAAGUUCCAGGCGCACUCGCAACUGUUCAAGGACUGGCUACGUACGGGAGGGCCCAUCAACCCUGAAUGGGUUCUCAAGACGGUCGAUCUACGCCGCGAGCUGCACCGUGCUCAAUGCCGUGCCGCCUGUCGUAUUUAUGCCACUGGACCUGGUCCCACCCGCUGCCUCGGCGCCUUCCAGGUUAGCCGGCACCAGCGCCAGAUGGAGAAGCAGCGAGCCGUGGGCACGGCGGCCGAGGCGGAAAGCAUGCUCAGGAUUGCGGGAGACCCUGAACUCGGCCUCAGCCUCGAGCCCCAGGUCAUCACAUCACCAGAUGGUGAUGAGAGGUGGAGGCAUGAGAACGGUUUUGCCGGACUCAACGGGAUGUUAGAAGACAGGGAAGGUGGAAGGAAACUGGAUGGCCUCGAGGCUCUGGUGCCAGUGUGCAAUACGGUGGGCAAAUUCGAGCGCUUUGGCGAUAGAGACAUCGCCUUUGUAUGCGACUACUGCGAUGGCUUCAUAGUUUGGGAGGACCUGGACAAGAUGCCGGCGACACGAUACCCGACCGCGAAGUCCACAACACAACAGCAAAGAGCGCCCACGAACGCCAUCACUUCUACCACGAUGCCUGCGGGCCAGCAAGAAUGGCAAGCAAAAGCCCACAGCUCGUCAUCGGGCGAGGAAGUGACCACAGUAUUUGCGCCCGUUGCCAUCGCGAACCACUUACUUCCAGACAUUGGCGACUGGCAAGCGCCACUUUUGUGCCCGUACUGCGACGAGUAUACAUAUGUCGGCGGCGACGACGGAGACGACGAUGGCGAGACGAGAUAUGCGCAAGACGAAAGAGGCUUCCCGGACUUGAAGACGUUCCAGGAACAUCUCGAAUGGUAUCAUGGCGGUGGGGUGGUGCCCAUGCCCACGGCGCCGACCAAGAAGGACAACUGCAUAAUAAUGUAAUGGAUGUACAUGAGAAUGGCAUAUAACGAUAAAAAAAGAGGAGGGCGCUUCGGAACCGGGCCGGCGAACUUGUCAAAUUAUAUGGAUAGAUUGGGUACGUUUGGCACAAGAAUCAUCUGCUGAUCUUCUGUCAUCUGAUGAAUGCUUGUUUUUUUCUUUUUUCUUUUCUUCUUUUUCUUCUUUUCAUGGCGAUAUACCCAUUUGUAUGGUAGGUCGGGAGGGAUACAUCUUGUACAUGGUGCGGAUGCUGCCCAAGGUGCCGUUUUUUUCCGGCGGAUUUGCAGCUUAGUUAGAUGGUCUGAGUUGAUGAUGGCUCAAGGCCCAAAGAACUAUCUUGAUGAUAAUCAUGAGAAAUUCAACUAUGCCCCUCUGCAAUCUAUUAAAUGUACAGGGCGCAAACCAUCUUUAACACAAUUAUGGGGAGACAAGCACCAGCAGGUAGUCAAUGUCAUGUUUCCAGAUAUUCUUGAUGUGACUGCGCGCGCGACUACUUU